CGAAUUCGUUACAGUAUCUGAUAUAGGAUAAAUACCCUGGUUUCUCUUUACCCCACACAUUUCGAGCAAAGAAUCUUGUUGGACUUGAAUUGACUGGAAGCAAAAUCACACAACUAUGGGAAAGUAGAGAAAGAAAGGUUCUUGAGAAACUCAGGUUCCUCGACCUUAAAAAUUCGAAGGUGAGGACCCUUGACCUUGGGAUGACUCCCAAUCUUGAGAGGUUAGGUCUUGAAAGAUGUCGUGAUUUGGAAAAGAUUUAUGCGCCUGCUGGAUGUCUAAAAAGGCUUAUCUACAUAGAUUUACGUGGUUGCCCAUGGUCUGUAUCUUUUCCUUUUGUUAAACAAUUGGAACCACAUGUGCUUCUUAGUCUACCUGUGUUAGCUGUGAAAGUGGAUCCCUUGGAGGAUUUUCCAAAGGACCACACAAACAAUCUACGAUUUACAUUUGUAUAUUAUAAAGAACCACCUUUGUCAAGAGAAGGAAUUGAUUAUAAGACUGUUUUUCUAGAUCUUCAGCCUUGCACAAAACUUGAGAGUGUUUCAGGAAGCAUUUGUGGCUUACAACAUCUAAGAGAAGUUAAAUUUCAGGGCUGUAUUACGGAGGUUCCUAACGACAUUGACCAGUUGAAAAGCUUGGAACAACUCAUUUUGUUGUCUACACACGUCAAACGUCUUCCUGAUAGUGUUUGUAUGUUGAAACAUUUGAAAUCUCUCAACAUUAGUGAUUGCCAGCAUCUUGAAGAGUUGCCGGAGAAUCUUGGUUUGUUAGAAAAUUUAAUGGAGCUGAGUUUAUCGACUACAAGUAUUCAGCGUCUUCCUGAUAGUGUUUGUAUGUUGAAAAAUCUGAAAUCUCUCGAACUUGGAGAUUGCCAACAUCUUGAAGAGUUACCGGAGAACCUUGGCUGGUUAGGAAAUUUAGAGGAGCUGGUGUUCAUUUCUAUAAAUAUUAGACGUAUUCCAGAUAGCAUUUGCAUGCUGAGUCAUCUGAAAUCUCUACACUUUGACUCUUGUGGAGGCCUCGAGAAGUUACCCGAGGAUAUUGGGCAACUAGAGAGUUUAGAGAUGCUGAACCUAGGAAAGUGUGAAUCUUUACGAGAUAUUCCAAACAGCCUCUGUAACAUGAAAUCUUUAAAUCAUCUCUAUCUCCGCGAAUGUAGACAAGUUGAGAAAUUGCCAGAGGAUUUGGGAAACCUAAAGCUUUUACAAGGGUUAAAUAUAGCGUUUACAGGAAUAAGUCAUCUUCCACAUAGUAUUUCCUCGAUGAAUGGUCUACAUGUUUUCGGAUCCAUAUCACUUCUUCAGUCUUGUGCUUUUGCAACCGAGAUAUAUACCCAUGAAGUACUUGGACCCCACUGCCGCAUACAAGCCAUGGAUAGCACACUGGCACGCACAGAAUUAAGGAGCCAGUCCACUCAGAAGUAUCUUACCAGGGCUGUAUAUGGGUCGGUUUUGGAUCCCACUGUCGGUUUUUGGUUUUCAGAACCCAAUAGACUCGGUUUUUUAUCGGUUCUCUUUCUUGGGUUCUGGAGUCGGUUUUGGCGGUUUUUCGGUUUCUUGGGUUCAACUCAUAUACUCAUGGGUUCUAGGUUAAAACCCGUGGGUUUUAACCCAUUUUCCAGAAAUGCACAAAACCAUCAUAUCCUAAAGUUGUGGUUAAUUUAUAAGCUUCUGUGUAAUUGUGUUGUAGUGAGUUUUCCAAUCGACUUGUAGCAACUUCUUGUCCAACAAAUUUUCCUUUUAUUUUUGUAUCAAUCAAUUCUUUUUUAAUGGGCAUACGAAUGUCUGCACAUUCAAUUAAUCACGAUCAUUAGUAUAUGUAUCAACCAUCAUUAAUUCAAACACAUGCACGCAUCGAUCUGAUGAAAAACCAAAUAUGAGGAUCAAAACUCGACUAUAUAUACAAACAAAAAAAAUAUUAUUUUUAUUUUAUGAGUUGUUUUUCAUACCUUUGAUCUAAUUGGAAGCAGUAAUCGACUAAUCAUUGAUUUUCAUUUAAGAUUUUGAAUGAACUAUGCCUUUGAUCCUUAUAUCCUUCCUACCUAAUGUUUUUUGCCACAUGUAAUCACCUAAUUCAAUAUGCCACAUGACAUUUUUUUAUUUUUUUCAAAAUCAUUUAAAUCCACUUGGCAAUUUGUGGUUUUUUUGGCUUUGUUAUUAAAUUAAAUUAUAAAAAAAAAUCUAAUCUAAAAAUAUAAUAAAAAAGAUAAGUAAACUUAAAUGUCUCCAUAAAUUUUCAAUAAUUUGUCAAUCAAUGUAUUAAACAAUGUUUUAAAAACCGGUUUGAACCGGCCGGUCGAACCGGUUGGAUCGGGAACCGGGAGAGGGAGCGGUUCAAUUAUCACCGGUUUUACAUUGAUUUCUGAACCGGAUUGAACCGGCCGGUUUUUAGAAAAAACCGGUCAAAAAUAAACCGGUUGAACCGGUUAAACCGAAUAAAAACACAUAAAAAAGAACCAUUUACACAAUAAACUUUAAUGAUUUUUUUCAAAUCUAUUUAGUUUUCUAUAAAUAAAAACAUAUGGUAAAUGUUAUAAAUUUUUUUGAUGUGUUUGUAUUCAUCAAAAACUAUAUUUUGUUUCGGUAUUAUAUUUUAUUUUCUUUCUAACGUAUAUGGAUUGAUGUAAAAACAUUAAAACUUAUGGUUAUGUGUUAUUUUAAUGUAUUUGGAUUCAUCUACAACUUAUUUUUAUGUGUAUUUUUAAUGUUUGAACUUGUAAACAUCAAAUUCAUAAUUUCUAUAUAUACGUAUGUGUAGGAAAAUGGAAAAAAAAAACAUAAAAAGUAUAGAAACCGGUUCACCCGGCGGUCGAACCGGUUGAACCGGGAACCGCUCACCAUACCGGUUCAACUAAAAAAUCAGUUUUUAAAACAUUGGUAUUAAAUUCAAUUUAAAUUCAAAUCAACCUUUCGAAUUGAAAAAUAUAAUUUUCGGCCAAUCCCUUUUGAAUUCACGAUAAUUUGUAGAAACCUUGCAAAAAUUGGUUGAUUCACAGCUAAUAUUGAUAUUCUUUCCAAAUGCAAUUUUAUAAAUUAUUAAUCAUGUAAUCUUUAACAAAAUAUAUUAAUUUCCUUU